UUUUUAACAAAGUUCGCUUCUUUCACCAUUAUUAGGGUUUCCCUCAUACUUGUCUUUCUCUUUUCACUCUCUCUACAGAGGCUGCAUCAAUCCACUGAAUAUACGCCAGAUAAGAGAGGGAUUUUGAUAGCAAUAUGGAGUGUAUCUAAAUUAUUUAUUUAGAUCCUUGUUACUCGUAGGAUUAUACAUACUAUGCCCACUAUGGAAACUGAAAACUCCAACGCUUCAAGUGCUGAAAAACUCAAGGUUCUCGCUAAUGAAGCUUUUAAAGUUCACAAGUUUUCUCAAGCUAUUGAUCUGUAUACACAAGCAAUAGAGUUGAACGGUGAUAAUGCUGUUUACUGGGCAAACCGUGCAUUUGCCCACACCAAAUUGGAAGAAUAUGGAAGUGCUAUACAUGACGCUUCAAAAGCUAUUGAGAUUGAUCCUAGAUACUCGAAGGGUUAUUACAGGCGAGGUGCAGCAUAUCUUUCUAUGGGAAAGUUUAAGGAUGCGUUGAAGGACUUUCAACAGGUUAAGAAAUUAUGUCCAAGUGACCCAGAUGCGACCAAGAAGCUAAAGGAAUGUGAGAAGGCUGUAAUGAAACUUAAAUUUGAGGAAGCCAUAUCUGUUCCUCAUUCAGAAAAGCGUUCAGUUGCUGAUUCCAUUGAUUAUCGUUCAAUAGAUGUGGAGUCACAAUACUCUGGGGCAAAAAUAGAAGGGGAUGCCAUCACUAUAGAUUUUGUGAAACAGAUGAUAGAUGACUUCAAGAAACAGAAGACUUUACAUAAGAGAUACGCUUUCCAGAUUGUUCUACAAACAAGAGAGAUGCUACGGGCUUUGCCAUCUCUUGUUGAUAUAAAUGUUCCAGAUGGCAAGCAUUUCACUGUUUGUGGUGAUGUUCAUGGUCAGUUCUUUGAUCUAGUAAAUAUUUUUGAGCUUAACGGGCUCCCAUCUGAAGAUAAUCCUUAUCUGUUCAAUGGAGACUUUGUGGAUAGAGGUUCCUUUUCAGUAGAAGUCAUACUCACGUUAUUUGCCUUUAUGUGCAUGAAUCCAUCAGCUAUAUAUCUCUCUAGGGGAAACCAUGAGAGCAAGAGCAUGAAUAAGAUAUAUGGUUUUGAGGGGGAGGUCAGAUCGAAGUUAAACGAAACAUUUGUGGAACUCUUUGCAGAAGUUUUUUGUUGUUUGCCUCUGGCACAUGUAAUAAACAACAAGAUUUUCAUUGUUCAUGGAGGUCUUUUCAGUGUCGAUGGGGUGAAGCUUUCUGAAAUUAAAGCAAUUGAUCGAUUUUGUGAACCUCCAGAGGAAGGUUUGAUGUGUGAGUUGUUAUGGAGUGAUCCACAACCACAGCUUGGAAGAGGACCAAGCAAGCGAGGUGUAGGUCUUUCCUUUGGUGGGGACGUUACUAAAAGAUUCUUGCAGGAUAACAAUCUGGAUUUGGUGGUAAGAUCUCAUGAAGUAAAGGAUGAAGGUUAUGAGAUUGACCAUGAUGGAAAACUCAUUACUGUGUUUUCUGCUCCAAACUAUUGUGAUCAGAUGGGUAAUAAGGGUGCAUUUAUACGAUUUGAAGCUCCGGAACUGAAGCCAAACAUAGCUACUUUCACAGCAGUGCCACAUCCAGACGUGAAGCCAAUGGCAUACGCAAACAACUUCCUCCAAAUGUUCUCAUGAUGAUCGAAGCAGAAGUCACACACCUAGACAGUAAAAUUCUUCAAUGCCACAAUGUUAAAAAGUAUUUGAUUAGUAGAAUUUGGUGAAAUAGCUAAAGAACACAUGGCUUGGCAAUUGGCAAUCUCUCUUUUAUUCUUUUUGGGUUUGGGGGCAGAAAGAAAGCAUGACUUAGGUUGCUGUGUUUUGUUGGACUAUUAUUAUAAUAUGUAAACCUUUUGCUUUGUUUAUUGGUGUUUGGUUACUGUUUAUUGACACAACUGCUUCUUUGCCCAAAACAAUGAUUAUUUUUUGUUGAA